CUGCUCUCUGACGCACAUGAGGAGAAUCCCAGCGCUCGCGUCAUCCGCGCCAGUGGGCGUGGCGUCGCUCCGCUUCAUUCAUAAAGUCCGGCUGCCAUUAGGAUGAAAUGUAACGCGCUGCUGGAGCGUCGUGCCAUUGGCGAGCGCUUAUAACGCGUCCCUCGCUCGGACAGCAUGAAUUACAAAUAGGCGUCUCACACACGCUUUUGGACCAUGAGUGAUGAGUCUCCAUUACAGACGCGCCUCACCACUGACGUGCCGCUGGCGUCCGGCUCUCAGGAGAACUACGUCCUGCUGUUGGUGCUGCUGUGUGUGUUCGCCGGUGGGACGCUGGUCCUCCUGGCCAUCCUGCUGAUCUUCUGUCACCGCUGCUGUCGAGGAGAACGACGCUACUCCAGAGCCAGUGAUGACCUGGAGAAAACCAACACCACAUACGUAGAGGAGAGUCAGCCGAUGCAAGACGUCAGCAUCAGACUCGAGAGCGGCGAGUCGCUGUCCACUUCCAGCUGUCAUGGCGAUACGGACGCGGAUCACUUCCUGUCUGCGUCGGUCACCGGGCGACGGGUGUCUUUCAAUGAGGCCGCCAUCUAUGAGCAGAGCGCCAAAGACCAGGAGAAAGGUCGAAGGUACACACUGACGGAGGGUGACUUCCAUCACCUGAAGAAAGCUCGUCUGACGCACCUGCACAUGCAGCCGCCAGCGCUGAAGAUCCUCACCAUCAUGGAGUGUGAAUCACCGGAGAACAGCGUGACGCUUCCUGAACAGCCCUCACAACACCCGUCCCUCUCCAUAUUCCAGCCUGCGGAGGGUUCCGUGCCGGAGGCUGCAAGCUUGUGGAGCACUCAAAGCCCCAGCUGCGCUCUGCCCGGAAACACACUGAACUCCAGCGCCGAACACACCGGCAAACCAGCCCGAUCACACACCAUUGAGGUGAUGAGCAGAAGCCUGCUGAUGGACAGAGAUUCCACUUCCUGUGCGGCCGGCGGUGCUGCAGGUCCAGCUCAGGGCACCAUGUUCCACUUCCUGUCUAAACUCAGACGCCACGCCAGCCUGGAGGGAGCAGGUCCGUUCUUCAGUGUCAAGAAAUGGAGACUGGACACCAUCCAGCGGGCAGCGAGUCUCGAGACGAGAGGUUCUCCACGGAGACGUGCGUUUCAGAGGCAGCGGGCGGCCAGCGAGACUCUGGAUCAGGGAGAAGAAACCUUGCAGUGUGGAGUCAGUGACUUGCUGUUGCGAAAACCCACCACACCACUGCAGAAGGAACCGCCAAGACGCCUCUCGGCCGGUUCUUUGGAUGCCACUGCAGGAGCUCCUCCUGCCCUCAGCAGGUUAGAGGUAGAAGCCGUAAUGGAGCUCAGAGUCGACACAGAUGCAGUGAAAGACAUGACUCCAACAUUCCCCUCAUCCCAUGGACCUCUGGAAGUGGAGGAUGGUGACGGGGAUGGACAGGAGGUGAUGGCAGGAGCAUCUGGAGGCGGCGGUGAAGAGUUUGGACCAGUGAGUUGUCAGGAGAGUCUAGAGCAGCCCAGCCUGUACCGCGACAUCUGGAGCCUGAGAGCGUCGCUGGAGCAGUACGCCUCCUCCGACCUGAGCAGCAAUGACAGGGACUCCACUCGGAGCGAUGCCGACAGCGUUUGCUCAGCAGGAGCAACGAGAGCGGGCGUCCCCAGCUACCAGUCCCAAGACAUCGAUGAUGAUAUAGACGGAGACAGUGAGCUUCCAUAUGAUGAUGUGGUCAGGGAAGCCGGGCAGAGGAGAAACGGACGGGACAGCGUGGACUCGGAGAGAGGCAGUGAUGGAGAAACAAACAAUCGCAAGCUUCUGCAGAUGGACAGCGGAUACGCCUCUAUCGAGGCACCUUGCAAGGCUCCGGAGGAAUUCAGAUUGUUCGGAAGUAGCUCCGGAAAGACAGCAUCAGAACGUCGCCGCUUUUUCACCAAUUCUGGCCGUAAAGGCACGGUUUGUGAGAGUUUUGAGGCAAGGUUGUUCAAAGAGGAGCUGGAAGACGAGGCGUCGGAGAGCAGCGUAAGUUUAGAGGCAGAGACUCCCGCUACGGUUUCCCACCAAGAACCGCAACCCGCGACCAAACCCAGGCCGCGCUUCCGCCGCAGAGACUACAGCAUCGAUGAGAAGACGGAAGCGCUGUUUAAUGAAUUCCUACGCCACGAUCCCCAGUUCGACCAACAGGGCUCGCCCUUGUUGCGUCACCGGCACCGCUCCCGAAUCCAUCUCAGGAAGCAGUGGCAGCGCAGCAAGCAGUACAGCGACCCCGGAGCCGCUCGAUACUCGCCAUCUCUAGAGCGACAGCGCUGCUACCCGCUACGCCGAGGCGACAGCGCCAACUACCCCUUGGACACGCGCUACCACAGUACCUUGCCUCGAAUCGCUAGCGCAGCAGACGAGGAGGCCAGCGAGGGAGCGGCGGGAACGGAAUCGCCCGAGCCGGAAAAAUCCGGUCCGGAGCUGGAGGGUGCUGGUCCGCCCUCAGAAACAGGCAGUUCUGGUCCAGACCUGGAGGAAAACGCAAACAACAGCAGCAACAACACAAGCCGGCAUUUCUUUUCAACACAAACGCAGGACAACAGUACCAGGGAUUGUGAGAUACUGGAAGACCUGAGAACAAAUGCUCAUCCCGGAGAUUCACAUAAACAUUCACAGAUGACACGAAUGACUACAUUUAGUUCUCAUUUGCAUUCACAUACAGACACACUCACGCCAGACCCCACCGAUCUGGAUCAGGAUUACACGUGUCACAUGCUCGCCGACAUCAGUCCGUCAGACAAACUGGUGUCCACACUGGACGAUCGGCUCUACUCUAACCUGAGGACUCAAAGAGGAAGUCAAGAGUGUGUCGUGACCGUAAGCCGCACCUCACCGGAUCUAGAAGAAUAAAGGGCUGUUCACACAAAGAACGAUAACUUUAACCAUGAAGUUUUAUUAAUCGCUCUAAAAGAAUUGCAAAGCCCACACCACAACUCUAACGAUAACGUCACAGAUAAACGAUAUAGUUGGAAUUGCGAAAAAACAUCAUCCGCCAAUCUGACUUUAAUGACCUUGAGCAUUUAAAGCAGCAGAUGAGAUGACAACGUUAUCGUCCAUUGGUGUGGACGCUAAUAUAGUUAAUGUUAUAGUUUGAAAUGGUACAGCGCCACCUAUCGGAAAAUUGACUGAUGUACAGACUCAGAUCUGUUUUAUGAAUAUCAGUAGCUCCUUUUCCACCGACAGGGUGCUGGUGCUGGCCAACUAAUGUCCUUAUCACGUAAAUAACAAGAACUCAAUCUAGCAACAGUGAUACAAAUCUAGAUCACAACUAUUAUAAUUAACAAACACACUGCUUCCAUGUCUGUCACAUUGCAUUGUGGCACUAAACAAUUACUAUUUGCAAUCCGAAAUGAAUUUGGUCGUCACUCAGGUCUGAGUGAGUUCUGUAGAUCCCACGGCUGAGCACCAGCACCGUGCCUGUGGAAGAAGAACAGCAAACAUCACAUGGAGAGAAAUGAAAAUAACACUACUGCAGUAGAACAUGAAAAAAGAGAACACAAGCAUGACGUCUAAUGGGAACAUUAGCAAUAAAUACACACACGUAAAGACUGAGGCGUGUUGUAACUGACCAAUGGCAUUAUUUUAGCAAAUCUGUUUGCUGACAGAAAUGACACACUUUAUUAGAGUAACUAUAAUAGAGUUGAGAACAUCCAUCCAAGAUGAAAUAAUAGAAAUCCUCAUAUAACUUCAUCUCAUGGGACUAAACAUAGAAACACGGAUCUGCAGUCAAACUAACUUUCACUGUGAAUCAAACUGCAGCCGUUUGGUGCUUCAAGACUCAAAAUCAGCACUGAACAUCAUAAAUAAACAGGUCUAGAACACAUUCUGUGAUGUGCUUCUGACAGUGAAGGUUGAGAUCUGGUCCUGCGGAUGGAUUGACGUACAGCAGAACUUACUGCAGAUAAUAGAGAUCUUACAUAUCCCAUAAUGCAUAUUACCCUUGACGAGGGUCUGCAGUUAAUUUGUGAAUCCAGAACAUCAUGAGUCCUUGUUAUUAAAUCAUUGAUGGUAAGAUGAUCAGUGCUCAAUAUCUCAGUCUUCAGAUCAUACGUGUAUAACUAUUAGGCUCAGAAAUGUGUCUUGUAUCAUUUAUUCCAUCCAGAUCAUGUUUAGCGUUAAGAACGAGGGGUAGGCUGUAGGUGAUUGUAUAUACAUGUACAUCUAGAUCACUCUGAACUGUCAUUUUUAAAUUAUAACUCCUUUGCAAUAAAGGUACUUUUGUUGGUUUUAUGUAAAAAUCAUUCUUGCACAAUUAUUGGGGGAAAAAAUGUAAACAAUCUGGCUGACUGAUUAAAAUGUCAGGUAAUAUCAAUGCAAAUGAGACGUCUACUUGUAUGCUUAAAUUAAAUGAUUGCUUUUACACAAUAAUGACUUAAAAUAUUUGGAAAAAUCCAGAAUUCCAAAACAAACUGCUAGAUGCAUGUUGGGUUGUUUAAAAAUACAUUAGUUAUAUGCGGUCUAGUGAGCUAGAAGAGAAACGUUCUGUUACUGUCGUGUUCUUGAACACAUAUUUUAGAUGCCUUGAGCAACAUGAACUCUGAUGGACAUAAAGCUGUCGGCUAGAUAUCGCACAUAAUGAAAUACUACAGAACACAUUAAACAAAACCGGAGCUGAAGGUGAUUUUCUGUGGAAGUGGGCUUGUUGCCAUGGAAACAGGCGUGUAAGGAGUCAUAGGUCACACGCCAGAGACGGAGCAGCACCGUUCUGCUGAUUCUGGACAAUCUCGCCCUUUCCUCUCACUGUAUUCAUAGAUUUUUUUGUUUGAAUGAUUGGAUUGAAACAGCAGCGGAAGAGAAGCUGCAGCCGCGGGAGGAAUGCGCCGAGUUUCCUGCAGCUCUAAAAAUACUGGAGAACUUCCAAUCAUCCAUCAACAAAACCAUGACCUCACUGAAUCAGUCUCUCAGAAAUACCGUUUGAUUUCACAGAUAAUAAUGAAGGCCAAUUUUAAGAACAAACUUCUAUUGUUUUCAUGACUAGUAAGCACAAAAUAUUUAUUUUACAUUUUGCUCAUUCAUUUGUAUUACUGCCACGCCAAAAAAAAAUGCAAAUGAUAUCACUUUAAUUGCACAGCAUCUGUA